CUCCGAGUUAUUCUGCGGAAGGAAGGUUAUGGAGACAAGUCUGACAGGACUGCUCUACAUCUGAGCAACAGUGCUGCUCUGGUACACCUCUGGGAAUAAUCUGGAGAUGGAGGACUUCUGGGCAUUGGCCCUCUGGGCGAUGAAGAUUUGGCUGUACCUCGUUGUCAGCCUCAUCAUGAUUCCAGCCAUGUUUGGCUUUUCACUGGGUAUCUCUGAGACCUACAUGACCAUCCUGGUGAAAACCCUAGAGUGGGCCACUCUGAAGAUACAGAAGGUAUAUGCAGAUGAAGGAACACUCACAGCCUCUGCAUCUAAUGGUCUUAUUCAGAGAGAAGAUGGCUCAAUGGAGAAAGAGUUUGAGGAACUCAGACGCAGUCGACCCAAACCACCAGUUGGCGGUGAUUUUACACUCAGUGACGCUUUCUACUUCUCCCGCAGAGGAAUUGAGAGCAUCGUAGACGAUGAGGUGACACAGCGGUUCACUUCAGAGGAGCUGGUGUCGUGGAACUUACUGACUCGCACCAACAAUGACUUUCAGUACAUCAGCAUGAAGCUGACGCUCGUCUAUGGCCUCGGUAUCUUUGUGAGAUACUGCAUCCUCGCGCCACUCAGGAUAACGUUGGCUUGCAUUGGCCUCACCUGGUUGGUCAUAGGAACAUCUGCAGUUGGAUUACUUCCAAACUGGAGUGUGAAAUUCUGGCUCAGUGAAUGGGUUCAUGUGAUGUGCUACAGGAUCUGUGCUCGAGGACUCUCUGCCACCAUCCACUAUCACAACAGGGAAAAUAAACCCAAAAAAGGAGGAAUCUGUGUUGCCAAUCACACCAGUCCUAUUGACAUUGUGAUUCUCUGCAAUGAUGGGUGUUAUGCUAUGGUGGGUCAGGUACACGGAGGUUUGAUGGGAGUCGUCCAGAGAGCCAUGGUGAGGUCAUGCCCUCAUGUCUGGUUUGAGAGAGCAGAGAUGAAAGAUCGCCACCUAGUGACCAAAAGGUUGACAGAUCAUGUGAAUGACAAGACAAAGCUUCCCAUAUUGAUAUUUCCAGAGGGAACCUGUGUCAACAACACGUCUGUCAUGAUGUUUAAAAAGGGAAGUUUUGAAAUUGGAGCAACGAUAUAUCCAGUAGCCAUUAAGUAUGACCCAAAGUUUGGAGAUGCUUUCUGGAACAGUUCUAAGUACAGCAUGGUCAAUUACCUGCUGAGGAUGAUGACCAGCUGGGCCCUCGUCUGUAAUGUGUGGUACCUGCCAGCCAUGCAUCAACAGGAGGGGGAAGAUGCUGUGCAGUUUGCCAACAGAGUUAAGUCAGCCAUCGCUCACCAGGGAGGGCUGCUAGAUCUACAGUGGGAUGGAGGCUUAAAGAGAGCAAAGGUGAAGGAGUCCUUUAAAGAGGAGCAGCAGAAGCAGUACAGCAGCAUGGUGGUGGGAGACGACAGCAGCAACAGUGACUGAGAUGACCCGAUCAGUGUGCUGCACAAACCCCAGCCAAGUUUUUGGAGAUUAUACACUGGAAACAGGCCUCUCUCCUCUCGGAUGUUCCCAUUAAGUGGAUCUGUCAGGGAAUACUGUCAAACAGACUUUUAAACACACUGUGAAACCUCAGGUACAGCUACAACAAGGAGAGUGAUUCACAGAAAACACAAGUGCAAUAUUGACCUUUGUGAGGAGCAGACUGUGAAAAGAGAAAGCUCUCUGUUUUUACUGCUGCUGAAGAAACUGUAGCUGCUGUUGUGAUUAAAUGUUAAUGCUGAGCUCUAAAUGAAAGGUGUGACUGCACACAAGCCACUGGGAAGAAAAAGGGGAUUCAUGAACAUCAUAGAGUCAGUUGACUCAUUUAAGAUAAAUUUUAGUUUACCAUUUCAGUACCCCAUUGUGUGAUUAUGCAGUGGCAUAAAGAACCAGGAUGUAUGUUUUAGAUAUGUUGUUUUAUAACAUAACCUGAAAUAUUGUCUAAUACAAGUGACAGAUGCAAAGAGGUAAACCCUGAGACAUUUGUGAUUUAAGCAUUCAAACAUUGGUUUUAUAAAUUUAGAUUAUGCAGUGUUAUACUGGAAUAUAAUUAACACUGAUAAGCAUCUAUUUUACAGUUUUCACUGAAAAAAACAACCAGUUUGAACUUCUGUUAUUGAAUUUAAUACCGAUACACUGAUAUUUUUUUAGUAAUUCAAAAAGGACACUUGUUGCACAGUGUUUUUGGUAACCUUUGAUCCUUCACCCUUUUCUCACAGUACUGCAAAGGUAAAGCAUUGGACGUAAGGGUUUGGCACAUGAUGAUGUUGAGUUAGAAAUAUAGUUUGUUUAACGUCCGCAUGAGAUGUGACGGCCUUAAAGGAGAACACACAGCUGAGACUUUUUGGGUCUCUCUCCGCUGGGUAGUUUUCCUGAGGUGUGAUU